AGUAGUUUUUGUUACUCCAUUUUAAAAAUGAGAUAAGAAAAAGCACAGUAGUAUAAGAUAAGAAGAUUAGGAGGGAACGGUAACCGCUAUCACAUAAAGGGAUAGAUAGAUAGCAGCGAAACAACAUCAUUGUACCUUCGGAGCCAGCCAGUGUUGUUGAAAAAUGGUGGUGAGUAUUCGAUUAGCGAGACUUGGGUGCACACACAGACCCUUUUACCGUGUUGUUGUUGCUGAUAGCAAAUCUGCAAGAGAUGGCAAGAACAUUGAAGUUGUUGGUUACUACAAUCCUCUUGCAGAUAAAGAGGAUGAAAAAAGACUGAAUAUCAAACUUGAAAGAGUGAAGUAUUGGCUUUCUGUUGGUGCUCAACCUUCAGAAUCCGUGGAGACUCUUUUAUUUCGAUCUGGUUUACAAGUGAAACGCAAAGGUGGACUGUCUGGUGUUGAUACCCCGAACCAAGAGCAGUCAGCCAAUGACAAAGAAGCGGAUGGCGUGUCUGCAGAAGCUGUUUUUUCUAUUGGCUUACAAGUUUAACUGAGGGAAUGACAGCCGUAUGUUUGGAGAAGGCGGGUUUUGUUGUGAGUGUGUCGUCCAUUGCAAUGGAAACACUUUGAUCAAACUUUGCUCUUUGUUAAAUUGAUUUGUCAUCUUGCUGUUAUCAACUUUUUUUGUCUUCAUGAACUAACUUUGAAGAUGCCAGUGCAAUAUUUGAAUGUAGCUCAUUUGAUCUUUGCUUUA